CUGUCAGAGGGAGGAGGAGAGUGCAGCUCACAGCUAGCACAGAAGCCCACCAGGCGGAGAGGGCAGAGGGGGGAAGCUGCAUUGGGGCUGGCUGGCUACAGAAUUAAGGUUAGCAUUCCAGAGCAGAGUGAAACUGAUCAGCUUCAGGCAGAAACAGGAGAGGAGGUGCCUGUGGAUUGGGGACUGACUGCACACUGGAGGGAGCUGCCAAUGUUUAAAGCACUUUGCUGGAGGUGAGGGAGAAAAAAAGUUCUCUAGGAACGACACAGGGACUCUAUAGAAACAAAGUUUGGCGUCGCUCGUCUCUCCGCUCCAUCCGUAUUGCCUGGACUAAGCUGGAGCCAUGCAGAGCAGGGACACUUUAUAGCCAGGAUUGCACCUCACAUGUUCUGUCAUUGGAGUUCUAAACUGGUUUAAGGAUUCAUUUCUGCUGGGACUUUGAUUUUCAUUUACUGAAGGCGGGGAGUAUAUAACACAUGCUAUUUAGGAACUCAAUUACUGAAGAGUCUUGACUUCAAAGGACGCCACUAAUCUCCUAAGAACCCUCAAAAGCUCAAGAGAAGGCAAGGAUGUUCGGUUUGCAGUACGUCCUCCUGCCUCUGGCCAUCAUCCGUCUCAGCUAUUGUGGUGAAAAGUUACCUUAUCGGACACCAAGACAAGCCUUAGAGGAUGAAGUUGUUGAGAAUAAAAUUGCUGGCGUGUGGGGCCUUUGGGGACCUUGGUCUUCGUGCUCUCAAACUUGUGGCUUAGGAGUUAUUGAGAGAAGUCGAACUUGUUUGACUCCAUAUCAGCAAGUUCCCUGGAUGCCAAGAUCAGAGCCAAACCCUCAUAUUGUUCAACCCCAACCUCAGCCUCCAUUUCAUGAUGAUAGAUCUAAUGUUUUCUCAAUGGGACCAGCUAGGCCAUCUUACCCAUUUCAUACAGAUGGAGAAAUUGCAGCUGCCUAUGUAGACCCUUACAUGCCACGAAACCCUUCUUCUUCCCGCUACAAUCCUUUUAACCGCAACACCAGACAAGAAACAGUUCCUGGUGGAUCCCAGCUAUAUCCAAGACGGGAACACUCUCCCUAUCAUCGAUCCACAACAAACCGAGGACGUGGAGUACCAAGGAACCCCGACACGUUGUGGCAGCCAUCUCCACUGGAUGUCCCGCAUAGACAAGAUGCCCUGCGUGCUUCUGAAACUAUCUCUAUCCAUAGGAAACCUCACAAAGAUAGUCCUAUACAAUUUAAUACAAGGAAUGCUUCAAGAGGUGAUGAUUCUAAUGCACCAUGGCCUUUCUUUCCAGAUUCUAUUCCACUUCUGAAACCUGAAAGUUGGGAGGAAACCAACCUAGGACAAGCUCUGCCUCCUCUUACUCCUACUAAAGAGUCUCGCUUUUCACGCAGAUCUCGAGUUAGAAAUGCAAUCAAACCAGGGAAAUAUGGUUAUGGGAAGGUACCAUUUGCUUUGCCUCUUCAUACUGAAAAGGAGGAAUCACAGAGGUCCAAGAGACACCAUAAAAUGAUGGCCUUUAGCACUACGGCAAGUCCCAGACGAGAUCACAGGAAAGAGCUUAGGCCAACUCAACCAUCAAUGGAAAGCCAGAGAAUGCUCAAUGAUCGGUCUCCCAGUCAGGCCACAGAUAUCGUUGGGGCAUCUUCUAAAAGGAGAUUACAGUCAGUAAAGAAGCCAAAAAGGUCUAGGCAGUCUGAUUACGCAUCGUGGACAGAGUCAUCAGAAUAUGAUUUUAGCAUUGGAAAGAAUGUUGAUUCUGCAACAGCAGCCCCAAAAUUGAAAUCCUCCAUCAAAGAGACAGAUGGCAAUCAAGAUCCCCAGUUUGAUAUUUGGGAUUCCUGGGUUGACGUCGAUGGUCAUAGAGACACUUCAGAAAAAGCUGGAGUAGAGGAUCCAGAGGAACCUAACAACAGGAGAACAAUGUAUGAAAAUAUAUUGGCUGCCAAAAAACUACCUCCGAUCCAUAAGAUUACCGCAACGCCAAUGUCACCUGUAAAUCAAGCAUUGAAGCAUGUUGAAGAAGAUGAGCUUAUCAGGACAAGUAUAUUGAGAAGUUCUGCUACUCAAGUAAAAAAAGAGGACAGUAAGAAGAUCUUACCCACAAAGAUAACUGGUACAGCGAGACCGAUGCAAAGCAAGCUACUAGGCCAUAGAGCGGAUGUUUCAAUAAAAAAUAGGCAGCCAGCAGAAAGAGAGAGAAAUCAUCAUGAAAGGAGAUUUAUUCAUGAACAUUCUAAUAGACAGGACACAAAGACAAUACAAAACAAUGAUUCCAUCAGUGAUGAAGCAACAGAAAAUGAGCAAAGGUCAGAGAUGUCACACCAACCAAGAUCCCGCAGCCACAGACAAAGUCCGUACAGACAUAACACAGAUAGUAGUAGAGCCUAUCACAGUCUGUAUAAAGAUAAUCCAGUUCAGGGAGAUCCCUGGACUUCUCUGGGAAGAAAUCAGCCAAUGACUUUCGACAGAGGGCAGGAUCAAAGGUCAAGUCAGAAUCAGAACACAGAAUUUCCUCAGUGGAACUUGUAUAAUCCAGGAACAGAGGAAUUCCAUUGUGAGGGUGAAAAGAAACAGUACAAGUCGUGCAACCAAGAGCCAUGUCCAGCCAGUCAGCCUGAUGCCAGGACUCUACAAUGUUCCACGUUUAACAACCAGGAGUUUAUGGGUCGCCUCUACCAGUGGGAAGCAUUCACAGAAGUACAUGGAAAUCAGAGAUGUGCUUUGAACUGUCGUCCCAUUGGUUACCGUUUCUAUGUCCGCCACACAGAGAAGGUCCAAGAUGGCACACCAUGUGAGCCUGGUUCCUUAGAUGUCUGCGUUGAUGGCCAGUGUCUGAGUCCCGGUUGCGAUGGCAUUCUUGGGUCUAAUAGCACAUUGGACACCUGCGGCGUUUGUGGUGGAGACGGGUCAACGUGCAAGUUUAUCACGGGCACGUUUAAGGACACCAACGUUCCAAUUGGCUACCAUAAAAUCCUGGAGAUUCCAAAAGGUGCCACUCAGAUCAGCAUCCGAGAACUGACUUGGAGUCCCAACUACUUGGCUUUGAGAAAUCGAGCUGGGAAGAGUAUCGUUAAUGGUAACUGGGCAGUAGAUCCUCCAGGAAAAUACGAAGCUGGAGGAACAGCGUUUAUAUACAACCAACCUAGCCGGGAUGAGCAAGAAGGAGAAUCAUUCACAGCUCCGGGUCCCACCAGUGAAGCUCUUGAUGUAUAUAUGAUAUUUCAGCAAGACAAUCCAGGAGUGUCAUUCCAGUACUUCAUCGCCUCUCCGCCCAGCUCUGAUAUCCCUGGUCACGUCCCUAAUGUCCCACAACAGGAGCAUGCAGGACCUCAGAGAUCAGUUCCAUCCAUUGACUCUGUUCCUCAGACCAAUCCCCGAGGUCAUCCUGUAGAGCGCCACCUGGUCCCUCCACCCCAAGCGCGACCACCACCUCCACCAAGGCCAGCUGGAACUUUGCAACGAAACGUCCGAAUCCCCACACUUCCUGCCCCUCCCACUCACUACUGGCCGGAGCAACCUCUGUUCUUCUGGAGAAGAGUGGGCAACACUCCAUGCUCUGUGACUUGCGGCAAAGGGUUCUGGUACCCCGUCUAUCAGUGCGUCUCUAGGAGCUCCCUGGAUGAAGUCAGCGAGGAGGAGUGCGAUCUGUCCAGCAAGCCGUUCCCCCAGGAGGAGGCCUGCAACACUCAGCCCUGCCCUGCGUUCUGGGAUGUUGGAAAUUGGUCAGUUUGCAGCCGGACUUGCGGGCCUGGAAUACAACACCGUCAGGUCCUCUGCCGGCAGAUGUACGCAAAUCGCACCACCAUGGUUCACCCACAGAGGUGUGGCCACCUGCCCAAACCCAACGUCACUCAGACAUGUCAGCUUCGUAUCUGCAGCCAAUGGGAGAUCCAGAGCAACUGGAGCACGUGCUCCGUCAUGUGCGGCGUUGGACAGAGGACACGGCAUGUGCGCUGCAUUAGUAGCCAAGGAGAUGAAGUCGGUGAUGGAGAGUGCAGCAACCGCCUCCGACCUAGAACCAACGAGGCCUGUGACAUGGGUCCAUGUGUCCGCAGCUGGUUCCACAAUGAAUGGAGCUCAACGUGUUCUUCAGAAUGUGGAAUGGGAAUCCAGCGUCGUUCAGUCUUCUGUCUCUCUAGUUCGGCCUCAGAUGAGUCUCAGGAUGGCUGUGGAGGAACUAAGCCUUCUGACAUGAGAGUCUGUAACAGUGGACCCUGUGAGAGGAUAGUGAAGUGGUACACAGGACCUUGGUCUGAGUGCUCGGCAGACUGUGAUGAAGGCUCCCAGAGACGAGAUGUGAUCUGCAUCAGCAAACUUGGGACUGAGUUUAACGUGACGGAGCCAUCGGAGUGUGCUCACCUUGAGAAGCCCACCGGUCUGCAAUCAUGUAAUGCUGGAUCUUGUGGAUCACGCUGGUUCACAUCCCCAUGGAGCACAUGCUCGCAGUCCUGCCUCGGCGGUCUCCAGGUAAGGGAGGUUCGUUGUCUGACAGCCGAUAAGAUCUUCAGUCAUCUCUGUGACUUGGAUUCCAAGCCGGACGAGAAGAAAACGUGCAACACGCAGCCCUGCUCCGCCGUUCUAGAUGAGAACUGCCGAGAUCGAUAUCACAAUUGCGCAGUGGUGGUCCAAGCCCGUCUCUGCGUCUACGCCUACUACAAGCAAGCGUGUUGCUCCUCCUGUUCCCACUCCCUGCAGCGAACCAGGGCAUCCGAGAACCGAUAGCGUGAACAUCUACCGCCCCCCCCCCCCCCC